AGCGCGUGGGGGUUUGGUGACGUAGAGCGCAUGUCGUCCGCAGUGCACGCGAGGCCUUCUGCCAGUGGAAGAAAGCGCUUUCAAUACGGUGAGGUCAUGUUAUCGAAUCCAGCAGCAGAAUAAGCGCUAUUAAUAAUCGAUAGAGACUUCACCACAUAAUUUCCGAAGAGCCCGAGUAUUUAAGAGGCAUUUAGGAAACAGGGAUUGUUAAUAUUUCAAUCGUAGCAGGUUUGUAAAAGUCUGCCUCGUUCGGAUGCUAGGACAUCGACUUCACCAUGAACAAAAAUAAGCGAGAAAAAGAAUUCUACAGCGUAGAUGUGGGUGAUUCGACAUUCACAGUGUUGAAGCGGUAUCAGAAUCUAAGACCCAUUGGCUCGGGUGCUCAGGGAAUAGUCUGCUCAGCGUAUGACCACAACCUUGAGCGAAAUGUGGCUAUAAAGAAACUCAGCCGGCCUUUUCAGAAUCAGACUCAUGCCAAACGCGCAUACAGAGAGCUGGUGCUCAUGAAGUGUGUCAACCAUAAAAAUAUAAUAGGGCUCUUAAAUGUUUUUACACCACAAAAAACAUUAGAAGAAUUCCAAGAUGUUUACCUAGUAAUGGAGCUGAUGGACGCCAACCUCUGCCAAGUCAUUCAGAUGGAGCUGGACCACGAGCGGCUGUCCUAUCUGCUGUACCAGAUGCUGUGUGGAAUAAAACACCUCCACUCGGCGGGAAUCAUCCACAGGGAUCUAAAACCCAGCAACAUCGUGGUAAAGUCAGACUGUACCCUGAAGAUCCUGGAUUUCGGUCUGGCUAGGACAGCAGCUACUGGUCUGCUGAUGACACCAUAUGUGGUGACACGUUACUACAGAGCCCCUGAAGUCAUCCUGGGAAUGGGAUAUCAAGCCAAUGUGGACAUUUGGUCUGUGGGCUGCAUUUUGGCAGAAAUGGUCCGUCACAAAAUCCUUUUUCCAGGGAGGGACUAUAUUGAUCAGUGGAACAAAGUCAUAGAGCAGCUGGGAACACCAUCCCAGGAGUUCCUGAUGAAACUCAACCAGUCUGUGCGGACCUACGUGGAGAACAGGCCACGGUACACCGGAUACAGCUUUGAGAAGCUGUUUCCCGACGUCCUGUUCCCUGCUGAUUCAGAACACAACAAACUGAAAGCGAGCCAGGCGCGGGACCUGCUGUCUAAAAUGCUGGUGAUAGAUGCAUCUAAACGAAUCUCUGUGGAUGAAGCUCUUCAGCACCCCUACAUUAAUGUGUGGUACGACCCAGCUGAAGUGGAAGCGCCACCUCCUCUGAUCACAGAUAAACAGCUCGAUGAGAGGGAACACACAGUGGAGGAGUGGAAAGAGCUGAUCUAUAAAGAAGUGCUGGACUGGGAAGAACGGAUGAAGAAUGGUGUCAUUCGAGGUCAGCCCUCUCCGCUAGGUGCAGCAGUGAUCAACGGUUCACCCCAGCCCUCCUCCUCCUCCUCUAUUAAUGACGUCUCCUCCAUGUCCACAGAGCCCACCGUGGCCUCGGACACGGACAGCAGCCUGGAGGCCUCUGCGGGACCCCUGAGUUGCUGCAGAUGACUAUCACCUUCCCCUGGAGUUUCUCUGUGUGUGGCAUGGUAUCAGAUUUAGGCCAGUCUAAUACAUUAUUUCGGGUCGGGUAUGGCUUUUUUGAGUUCUGCUCUAGAUGCUGUAAAUGACUAUACAAUUUUAUCUUUUUAGCAACAGCCCUAACAGGCUUAGCCAAUGAUAGUGAACUCCUUAACAAAACUCUUCUUUUAUAAGCUACAUUUAGAGUAUUUUGUCAUGUUGUCGUAGAGUGAUUUUGGAAGGUAAUCUGUAAAGAUUGAAUUGUGAAUAUAUUUUCUCAAAUUAAUUUAUUUUGAUUUUUUUUUUUUUUUUUUUUUUUCCCUGGUCAAUGUAUAAUUUUCUUGGUCACCUGGGAUAUGAAAAUCUUUAGAUUUUCAAUUUUAGUAUUUUAAAAUGGACAUAACGAUGUUGCACAAAUUGAUAUCAACAUAGUUAUUUAAGUACAUUUUGACAACUUGCCUGAGGUGGCUUUUUCUGGGUCAUGUUUUCCAUCUUUGUGCACAGCACAUUUUAUUUAAAUUUUGUACAGUUUCAUUUAGAUAUAAUAACUCACAACAUCAAAAAAAUAUUUUUAUAUGUACAUUGAUUUAUUUUAUCAGGCUGUUCUGUUUUUCAUGAAUACUUUGCUGCUGGUUAAUUUCCUGGUAGACUGUGAUAUGUGACGUGCUUGUGCAUAUGUCUCUGGUGUUCUAGUACUUGUUCUAGUCCUAGUUACCUAGAAUUUCAGCACCUUUUUAUUGUUUAAUUAUUUAAAUUCAUUUUACCCCUUCAAAAUCUGCAUAUAGAACAAGCAUUGCACUUAAUUACUGUCCUGUUCAGAAUAAUUGGCACCCUUGGUAAAUAAGAACAAAGAAGCCUGUGAGCCCUAACCUUUCAUUGAAGUAAAACAAUUGAAAAUGGGGGAAAAUCUCAUUAUGAAAUAAAUCUUUUUCUAUAAUACACAUUGGCCACAAUUAAUGGCAGCCUUUUAUUCCAUACUUUUUGCAACCUCCUAUUUCCAAGAUAACAGCUCUGAGUUGUCUCCUAUAAUGCCUCAUGAUUUUGGAGAACACCUGACAAGAGAUCAGAGACCAUUCCUUCAUACAGAAUCUCUCCGGAUCCUUCAGAUUCCAAAGUCAAUGUUGAUACUCUCCUUUUCAGUUUUCUGUACGGUUCAGGUCGGGGGACUGAAAUGGCCAUUGCAGAACCUUAAUUUUGUGUUCAGUGACCCAUUUUUGUGUUGAUUUUGAUGUUUGUUUUGGAUCAUUAAUGAAAGAUCCAACCACGGCCCAUUAUACGAUUUCUAGCAGAGCCUGUCAAGUUUUAACUUAUUAUUUGUUGGUAUUUGAUAAAAUGUCCAGGAUCUCCAGCAAAAAAUAGGCCCACAACAUUAAAGAUCCAGCAGUAUAUUUAAUCAUACGCAUGGGGUACUUCUAUAUUCCUGUGUGCACCAAACCCAUCUGGUGGGUUUGCUGCCAAAAAGCAAAUUUUUUAGUUUCAUCUGACCAUUGAAGCCGGUCCUGUUUGAAGUUCCAGUCGUGUCUGACAACUGAAAAUGCUGGAGUUUGUUUUUGAUGAGAGCAGAUGAUUUGUCUUGAAACCCUCCCAAACAACUUGUGGUGAUGUAGAUCCUGUUUGAUUUUGGCUCUUUGACCCUUAAGACUCAACUAUUUUUUGCAUUUCUCCAUCUGUGAUCCUUGGAGAGUCUUUGGCCACUCAAACUUUCCUCCUCAUCGCGCAUUAGAACGAUACAGACACACGUCCUCUUCCAGGCAGAUUCGUAACAUUUAAUGUUGAUUGGAACUUAAUUAUUGCCCUGAUGAUGGAAAUGGGGAUUUUCAAUGCUUUAGCUUUUUUUUUUUUUUUUUUUUUUUUUUUACAAUCACUUUCUAUUUUGUGAAGCUCAACAGUCUUUUGCUGCACAUCAGAACUAUAUUCUUUGGUUUUACUCAUUGUGAUGGAUGACUAAGGGAAUUUGGCCUUUGUGUUUUAUACUCCUGUGAAACAGGAAGUCAUGGCUGGAUAAUUUCAUGUUCCAAAUCACCCUAGGGGUGCCAAUAAUUGUGGCCAACAAGUAUUAGUGUGCCCUCAUUCAUUAGUUUUACUUCAAUCAAAGGUUAGAUUUUUUUUUUUUUUUUUUUAAAUGCUUUUCAAACAAUGGAGAUUUAUUUUCACAGCCUUCUUUGAUCAUAUUUACCAAGGAUGCCAAUAUUUCUGACCACAAAUGUAGCUGGGAUUGUAUCAAUAUUAGAUUUUGCAGUUUUUAUCUAAUAUUUUUACAGCCCAUAACAAGGUUUGUUCUGUGACUUUUUAGUCAGAAAUUCUCUGAGCUGGUAGAACAAAUGGUUUCUAAUUAUUUUAUUAUUAUUAUUUGGAACACCAACAAAAAAGUCUGCACUGGUUCAUUUCUAGCAUAUUCCAUUAGAGUUAUUAAGCUACUUAUUUUUGUAUAACAGUGAAAUGAACCAAAUUUGGAAAUAGUUUAACUCUAGAUUGUUUUUACGCUUAUUGCUUUUUGUUUUCCCCCAUCAGGUUGGAAGGUCUUUAAUGGCAUGUGAUGUGCUGUAAAUGAGCGGGACCUACUGAAUUGACCUACUGUAUGUACAGUAGGGUGAAUUCAGGGUGAUUGGGAAACUUUUUGCCAUUGAGAAUAAUUGGAAAAAGUUUCCCAAUCAACCUCAAUUCACCCUAUGUGAAUUGUAACUCGUGACAUUGAAUACUGUGGAGCGCCAUGCAUUAUUUGAUAAGAUUAAGAUAUAUCAGGGAAGUGGGUUUCUUUUACAUUUGCCUUUGAAUGUGAACAUGAGAGAGAACGUUGAAUAGGCCUGAAGUUGUAGAGUAAAAAGUGGGAAUCUGAAUGUUGUUGACCUGGGGUUUAGCCCAUUGGAUUUAUUUACCUGUGCACAGGGUAAAAAAAAAAAAACUAAAUAUUUUGCUAUUACUUUAUAUUAUGAUUAUUGUUAUUUUUUUUAAGUGCUCUUAACAGUGGCAAUGAUAUUAAGCCCUGCAUACUUGCAUGGGAAACCUGAACCUACUGUAACUGCAAAAAGCAAAAGCUUCUCAACAUGUGAUGUUUUAGGCAUGAAACACAAGAGCCGUUUGAAGGUCGAGUCUGAACUACCUCACACUGACACCAUACAGCUCACAUUUUACAAGUAUUACUGUAAACUUUAUUUUGUUUUAUUUAUUUAUUCAGAAGAAUAGGAGUGAACAAGUGUCUAUAUAGUUUGUAAGUGUGAACCUGUGAGAAUGUACUGUAUGUAUGUGUAUACAAUUCAACGAGUGCGUGUCCUCGUUUUAUCUAGACUGUUUUUUGUUUUCUUCAGCUUGUGUGCAGUAACUCUCAAAGCUGAACAAUGAACCAUCUUAUUUCAGACUCUAUUUAUUUCAGCAAAUGUUUGGAAGGAUUCUGUCCAUGUUUUGCUGUUUUGAGAAAAAGAAAAGAGAAUGAUAAAAAUGGAGAGGAAAAGUUUUCUUCCCCAGUCUCAACAGUGGGCGGUAUCUUGCAUGACCUGCUUAGCGUUUGAUUUUUAAGUCCAAAACACUGUACAAGAACCAUAAGAUCAUGGUGCUGGGUUUAUUAGACUUCACAAACUGAUGCAGUUGUUUUAUAUUAGGGUUAGCAGAUUACCACCUCAUUAGAAUGCACUGAACUUCAACUGUUAACAUCAUAAUAACUGGAAAAGUGGAAAUAAACAGUUGGAAAACGGU